GCCCUGAAUUUAGUUAUUUCUAAAAAUAGACGACACUUUCGUAAUUCCGCUCCCCCUUUCAUGUGAUCCCCUAAUCUAUAUUUGACUUCCUGGUAUUUGGAACUGCGCUUCACAACAAACAUUGACAGGAGACAAUAUUUAGAAUUGCUUAUAUCGUAAGAUUUUUGUUGUAAAUCAUUCUGCUGUUUAUGUAAUCAUGACGUCGUAGAAGACAUGAUAGAAGAUACAUUUUAUAAUGGCCUAUAACCAGCAACCAAAUCAGACACCGUACCCAUUGGGGUCCAAUUAUAAUACACAGUACAGUACACCAGCAGCACCCCCUCCAACAUAUGCUUCAGCAGUAGAUCCUCCUCCACAGAAGUCAUAUAAUCCUCCACCAACCAAUGUACAUGUACCUAAAAAUAGAACAGCUGACAGUAACUAUGAGACAAACUUUGCAGAUAGUCCCUUUGGUAGUUCUUUCGGUGACAAGGCUGUUAGACAUGCAUUCAUCAGAAAGGUGUACCUUAUACUGAUGGUUCAGUUACUGGUGACCUUUGGAUUUGUUUGUCUGUUUUCUCUUGUUAAACCAAUCAAAACAUUUAUACAGACAACAGGAUCUUGGUUUUAUUGGGUAUCUUAUGCUACAUUCCUUGUGACUUACAUAGUUCUAGUGUGUAUCCCAUCAGUUAGACGAAAGUAUCCAGGAAACUUUAUUUGCUUGACAGUUUUUACCCUGGCUUUUUCUUACAUGGUUGGAACAAUCAGCAGCUUUUAUGACACAACCAGUGUAUUUGUGGCAGCAGGAGUAACAUGCCUUGUCUGUCUGUCUUUAUCUCUGUUUGCCAUCCAGACUAAGAUUGACUUCACUUUGUGCAGUGGUCUGUUGUUUGCCUUGGUGAUGGUACUGUUCUUUUUUGGAUGGUCCUGCUUGAUUUUUUAUUUGAUUUUCCCAGCCAAUAUUUUUGCUUGGAGGAUAUUGGACUGUGUCUAUGGUGGCCUUGCUGCUCUGGUUUUCAGCCUUUUCCUUGUGUACGACACCCAGAUGGUAGUAGGUGGUAAGAAACAUGAGCUUUCUCCCGAGGAGUAUGUGUAUGGAGCCCUACAGCUGUAUAUUGAUAUAGUCUACCUCUUCUUGAUCCUCCUGGCCUGUUUUGGAAAGAGUAAUUAAACAGGAACAGAAUAUUCAAGGCUGUAUUGUACUUUGUUAGAUAUUGUCAGUAAUUAUUAUUAAAAUAAAAAGUUUAUAUAAUUGAUAUUUUUUAUUGUCAGUAAUUAUUAUUAAAAUCAAAAGUUUAUAUAAUUCAAUUUUUUUUGGUACAAAUGAUUUUCUGUCAAAGUUUCAGAAAAAUCAUAGUUUAAAUUAAAGCACAAAGAAAAAUUUUGUUUGUAUUAAGUAGUAAAUAGAUUCAAGUAGUAAAAAUUAAUUGACUACUGCAGUCUGUGAUUUUACACAUCCAAUUUUUUUUCU